GCGGAGCGGGGCGACACCGGGAGAAUGGGUUGGGACUGGAUUGGUUUUGGCUAUGCAGCUCUGGUUGCAUCAGGAGGAAUUACUGGUUAUAUUAAAGCAGGUAGCGUCCCAUCACUAGCUGCUGGUCUUCUCUUUGGCAGUUUAGCUGGACUAGGCGCUUACCAGCUAUCUCAGGAUCCAAAGAAUGUGUGGCUUUCCCUGGUUGCAUCUGGAACAUUGACUGCAGUUAUGGGAAUGAGAUUUCUGAACUCUGGAAAAUUCAUUCCUGCAGGAUUAAUUGCUGGUGCCAGUCUGUUAAUGGUUGGGAGACUUGGUCUGAAGAUGAUGGAAAAACCGAACGAUGAAUAACUGCAUAUGAUGUGACCUGAUAUGUGUAUAGAAAGUGUGAAAGCGCAGCUGCCUGAAGAUGCUACACAAAAUGAACAGAGAAUAUGAGCCCAUUUCUAAUAUCAAAUAAUAAUGUGAUUUUUGAAUUACUCUUUUUUUUGUACUAAGAAAAUUGAUUGGAGGGAUUUUUUAUAUACAAAAUGUCAUUUAUAUCGAGUCAGUCAAUAAUCUCUAUUGCAUGCUAAGAAACUGAGGUAGUGUUAAUUUAAUUUUGCUAAUACUUUUUGCAGUGUAACCUUCCCACUUUGUUUGUCACUCAGAAAAUUUUAGAAGGAAGGGAAACUUGGAGCCAAUGUAAUCAUAAAGAAAAUACCCACAUUAGGCCAGAAGGAGUACUUGCCCAAAUACAACACAGUCUAUACUCUUUCAUAAAGAGUACCCAAAGCAUGGAUAAGAAUGUGUCUGUAUAACACAGAUAAAUACUUUUCUUCAGAUUUUAUUGCAAAAGUAUGUUAAGCAAAGUGACAUUUAAGGAGACUGAUUUUAUUAUUAUUAUUUUUGUACUAGGAAAAACUGAGGAUUAGUGUUGCAAAACUCUUUCUGAUUGGGUAA